UGUUUAUAUGGUCUAGCUGGGAGUAAAACAUUGCAUAAUUUGAGAAAUAAGCACACGAGUGAUCAAAUUACGACAUAAACCCAAUAUUAGAGCCAACAAUUGGUCUUUGGUUUACCUAGCAACUGCCUUGGCAACAAACACAAACACCUGCUUUACUUCGAUAAGCAUUUACUUUUGAAAAACUGAAUUGAGCAGACGGAUUUCUGACCACCACGACAACAUUUUGCAGAUCAUUAAACAACAUUAUGGAAGUUGACAACAAAACAAAUGUUGCCUUUGGCACCACAUUGGACCGUGAGAUGUACCCCAUCCAGAUGCCUCCAAAUAGGUUUGGAAAUGAGCUUAUUCCACUUAAAGGUGCACCACACAGAGGUCCAGGGUGUUACGAAAACGAAGAGGUGAGCAAUUUCAAAUGGGAAAUUGACCAUUUUGUGACCACAAACAAAGGCUACACACUGGGUGCUAGAACAGGACCAAGGUUUAGAAAGGAGUUCCAAGAGAUUACCCCCUCGCCUGAUACUUACCAAACAAAAUGUACCAAGCCUUUGGUGUUUGAUCCUGCUUAUAAACCAUUUAAUGCUGCUGAUAAGAGAUUCCCAGUCUUCAAGAGGGAUUUAGAGCAGGUGUUACCAGGGGCUGGAACUUAUGAACAUGACACAGAACGCAACAGGAAAGUCACCUGGCACCAGUCUUUUGGAGGAGCCCCUAUCAAUCUACCAUCAGUGGAAACCAAAAGCACGAUAAACAAAAACACUGAAAAACUCAUUAGCACUAAGGAGUCUAAGAAGUACUCUAGGAAACUGGCUUACUUGAAAUUGUACUACGAUUGAACAACUGAUCUGACAAUAUCAAAUGGAUCAAUCUUUGGCAAUAGAAAUAUAAAAUCCUAAAAGGCAUCACACACUUAAAAUUCUCAGUAACCUCAUCGUUUUCAUAUUCAUCCAAGAAUCUCUAGAACACUACUGAACAACACAAGACAAUAUAUGUAAAUUAUCACACUGCAGAUGUCUCAUUACUUUUAUCUAUUCCUGUUGCCAUGGAUAUCCUAAUUUGAUUGGUGCUACCAGGAGUGCAAUAACUCUAAAUCUAUGUACUAUGCAUAGAAACUGCUCAAAAAUCUCAGACAAAUUGUCAGAAUGUGUAUGUUGAAUAUGGACAAUGUUUGAUCAAGUGUAUGAAUUUCUUGAAUUGAGUCAAGUUGUUUCACACACCAAAAAUAAGUAGUUUAGUACUUAAAAUAUAAAGGCUAGAAAAUAAAAAAUGUUAAGUUUUCUUUAAAAAAAUAAAAAACAUUUAUAUAAUAUAA